GAUCAGCUACGCAUAAUUAAGGUUAAAGGCACCGCCAAGCUCUUUUCGCCUAAAGAGAACGUCGAGGUUACAAUAUUAGGACGAUUCGUUAAUUACCUAUUACCCGAAGUUCGCGCGGUUACGGUUAAUAACGAAGAGCUUAUUUCUAAAGUCUCUACAGAUCUAGAAGAGGAUAAUACUUUUUUUAUUAGGUAUCUUCCUUUCUCGACUACUAAAUUACUUUACGAUUGCCGUACAAUCUAG